UCUUGAUGCUUGUUGGUGCUUGUUUGUGUUUGUGUUGUGUGUGUUCGGGCUGAAAUCGAUGCGUGACUCGCCUUCUUAGUUCAACUCCCGCGACGAACCUUCCUUGUCACACGGUAGGAGGAGUUGAGUCGAGUCACAGUCGAGCCAAGCAAGGUCACAGUCCAAGGAGUAAGCUUGAAGGCUCACCUUGCGGAAAAUCGCUCGCAACAAAGCUCAGCUAAGUAUCGAAAUAGAGCCCAUCGCUGAACGCUAAGUGCUAAACCACCAGCCUCUGUCACACCCGAGAGACUUAUCUGCAACCACCUCUCCGUAACGUAGCCCACCACAGCUGUACAACAGCAGCAAUCAAAACUGCAUUUGAUGAGCUUGCUCUGUCCUUAGCUUUGCGUCGUCGAAAGUUGAUCGAUCAAUCAAUCAAAGCGUAAUCAAGAUGCCGGGCAAGAAAGUAGCAGGGUCGAGUUCCGCCGCAGGAGACUACGGCAACAUGGAAGACGGGUCACUCUUUGGAACCAAUGCCGAAGAUUUCGACAAAUGGGACUCUCAACAAUUGGCAGAUUUCUUGUCCAGCGCCGGAUUGAUGGCGUACAAGAAGAUGGUGCUGGAUCACAAAAUCACGGGAAAGUUUGCCCAUCUGUUGACCGAUGAAGAUCUGAGAGAUAUGGGAAUGAUUGUUGUAGGCGAUCGCCUCCGUUUCAAGCAGCUUAUGAUGACGAUGGGCCGAAAAGCUCGCUUUUGCAAUACCACCAAGGCGAUCUGGAAUGGCGAGGAACUCAAAUACUACAGCGACGCAGAACGAAUGUGCUGCACGUGCGCAGGUUUGUUCCCAGAUGACCCCACAACCUACAAACUCACCCGGGGUUACUUAAAGAUCAAGACCGUCACACCGGUUACUCUUGGCCCCAUCACCAUGUGCUGCUGCUUCAAGUACAGCCUUAAAAACAUUGAUCUAUCACGUGUGAAUGACAUUGAAGUGAUUGAUACGAAGGCUCCCUGUCCUCAACGAGUCUUUUGCUGUGCCCCCGGCAUGGACUACAUUGAAGUUCAUACUAUCGACAAGAAUGGAAAAGUCGUUCUGAAAGUCAAGGAAGCAGAAGGCGAAAAGGUUAGCAAUCUGAUCCUGACCCAGGUUGAGUCUGCACAAGUCAUUGACCGAAACUAGUUAGGAGAGAUAGAUAGUUUGAUUCAUUCAAUGUUGGGACUCCAGGCAGGUCGGACGGCCACCGUCGUGUUCUACAACAACAAAUAAUGCAUGCCGUACUUCGUGUACUGUUUUGAAGUAAAUAAUAUACAGAUUUGAAGUUUGUGUUGCUUCUAUCAUGACUAUAGAUACAGAUUUGAAGAUCGUU